AUGGCACGCGUUGCCGCUAGCAAGACUGCACCACAGCCAAAUGCCGCUGCCCAUAGCGUCGAUCUACGAGCCCAAGAUGUAAGACGUGGUGGGGCUGUUCUGGAUUCUGCCCAUGGAGCGGACUCGGACACCUCGACCCCGAUCGAGACCCUGCCAUCCAGCGCAGCAGCCUGCGCUCAAGACCAGGAGAAGUUCAGCAAAGUGCAGACUCGCCCCAGGGGCGAUGCAUCGAGCCAACCUUCGCAUAUGGGCGACGCAAUGCGCCUCCCCCACGGAAAUAAACCGGCCGCGAUCGCGAUCGCGGCAUUGACAGAUGGGCCCGUUGCUGGCAAUGAUGACGAGUGCAGGAUGCCCAAGCGUUCGCAGCAGCCAACAUCCACUCUCCCAUCAGACUCUCCGACGACGAGUACGGGGAUGCCUAGUCCUGCUUCCGCACAACAGCCCGCGUCCCGCGCACACCACGGUGCAGGCAUGUUGAAGCGUUUAACGACCAAACUGCGGUCCCCUACGCAUGCCUCGGACGCUAGCGCGCCAAGCGCGGCGCACACCCGCAAAUUGACGCCGCGCCUGCCAUCGAUGCCGAAGGCCCCCCGGCCAACCACCCUCACGAAUUCAUUUGUCUCGCCCGGGCAGCGGCAGGCGGCCCUGCGGGCGCGGGGUCUCAUACCCGCAGUCCCUCACCCAUACAAGGACGCACAUGGGUACAUGGUCCCGCUCAGCGAGCAAGAGCGCGAACUCGACCGGCGGCGUGCGGUGCUCGCGUCCGAGCCGCGCGAGCGCCACUCAGAUUCAAGCGGGGACAGCGAGGAGGAGUCGGAGGCGAAGAAGAUACGCGAGGCGUGGCUCGUGCGCAACCGCGUGCACGCUCAGGAGCGCGGGAGUCUCGAUCACGGCUUCGCCUUCCCCUCUCGCGACAACUACAGGAUCAAUACCUCCGUGUCACCGUCGCGCGCGACGUUCGUCGGGAUGCAUGAUACGCCACUUCUGACACCUAGCCGGGUGGAGUGUGAGGUCUACCCGGUCGACUCGAUCCCCGAGGAGCUGCAAAUGGUUGCGCAUGCGCCUGCACUACUCGAGCAAGAGGAUGCAGAUAGAGAAAGACGCGGGGUUCCGGGUUCCGCCAACACGGGCAAGGAGCUCCCGGCCCCUCCUUCCUCCGUGAGUAUCGCUCCCCAGUCCCCCGACAUAGCUGUGCCAAGGCCCGCAGUUAGAGUACUCACACCACCCCGGAGCGUGUCUAGUGAUAUGACGCAGAAGGUCUCGCGCUGGCUGGAUGAGUCGUCCAAGUCGCCGACGCCGAUUUCUGUGUCGUCCUUCGGGUCAUCGUCUGGAGCUGAGCAGACGUCGUCUAUCAACGUGCAUGCGACGAAUACGCCCCGUGGAACGCCAUUGAAGAGGAAGGACAAGCCGGCUCCGAUUAUCAUUACAAUGCCGUCUCAGCCUCCCAGCCCAUCGUCUUCUGUAAAGUCGUGUUCGUCCCCUGCUCCAGCGAUCACGCUGUCUAUUUCUCGUUCCGAUCCACUCCGUGCGCAAGAUCCACACUCGCUUACACCACAGCCAACGUCCGCACGAGGUCGCUCAGCAACAGUGGCCCAUCUUCCUAGCAGCGCAGCCCCACCACUAUCGUCUCCAAGUUCAAGCUCAGGAAGCCAGAACCGGAGUAGGACGACGACCCUCCCGGCACUCUCGCCCACGCGUACUGUGUCGUCUUCCGGCGCUUCUGCCUCCGUCACGACACCCACAACCCUCUCUCAUUCGUUGGAGAACCAUCACCAUUCGCGCACGAGGCCGUUCGAUCUAGGCGUACAGCAACGAUCAGGGGCGGAGAAAAAGUUCGAUGCGACAGUGAUCGUGGAGUCACCCAUUGAAGAUGACGGAUCUGAUUGCUUGCCAGACUUCGCAGCAUCUUCGCACUUGUUGUCCCCCCAACAUACCCUCGCGGCUGACAAGGAGAGGCGCAAGUCGAUUACCUUGGAAAUAUUCGGCAAGAAGCCCCACGUGAACAACGACAUGGUGCCCCCACGAGCACCACGUCCGUCCAAGUCAAUGCUCAGCCUGCGCAAAUUGUCGUCGAAACUGCAAUUCCGCCCAAAGCAGACCGUACCCAUCUCCACUUCCACUCCAGACGUCAGCGCCUCCUCCAAUAGUGCUCCGACUUCCUCUCUUCCACCUCAGACAUCGUGUCCCCCCUCUGCAUAUGGGCGGAAAGACAGGAGCCGGACGGUAGGUGUGGGCCUGAGGCCGGCGCACCCCAAGGACAUGCUCAGCCCACCGCGGCAGGCCCUCAGCCCGACGAUGCACGAUCGUGCGACCAUGCUGCUGGAGGCGGGUCGCAUUCAGGACGAGGAGAGCCGUCGCCUGAGUGAGAUGGCCUUCUUGGACUACUGA